GUCUAUAUAUUGAGGUUCUGGUUUUGCACUUGUUUUAUUGCAGAAACACAUAACAAAAUGGCACUGCUAAUCAUCCUUCUGCUUCUUCCUAUCUUCCUCUUGUUUCUUCUCCAAAAACAAAAAACACCCAAAACAAUUCGUUUGCCACCUGGCCCCCGAGGUCUUCCCUUAAUCGGAAAUUUGCACCAGUUUGAUGGUUCAAAACCUAAAAAUGUGUGGAAACUCUCUCAAAAGUAUGGACCCCUCAUGUCCUUGCGGCUUGGUUACGUGCCAACCCUAAUAGUUUCAUCGGCAAAAAUGGCUAAAGAAGUUAUGAAGACCCAUGACCUUGUAUUUUGCAGUAGGCCUGCCUUAAUUGGUCAGCAAAAGUUAUCUUACAAUGGGUUAGAUUUGGUUUUUUCACCAUAUGAUGAUUAUUGGAGAGAGAUAAGAAAAAUAUGCGUGGUUCAUCUCUUCAAUUCUAACCGAGUGGCUGAUUUUCGUCCAAUUAGGGAAGAUGAAGUUUCCCGUAUGAUUGAAAAGAUCUCAAAAUCAGUUGCUGCCUCAAAACCUGUCAACUUAAGUGAGCAAAUGAUGUUUCUUACUAGCACCAUUAUUUGCAGAAUUGGUUUUGGCAAGAGGUAUGAAGACGAAGGAACUGAAAGAAGUAGAUUUCAUGCUCUACUUAAUGAAACUCAGGCCUUGUUCGUAAGUUUCUUUUAUUCAGAUUAUUUUCCAUUCAUGGGCUGGGUUGACAAACUCACAGGAAUGGUAAGUCGUCUCCAAAACAAUUUCAAGGAAUUUGAUAAGUUCUACCAGGAACUCAUCGAGGAGCACUUAGAUCCCAAGAAACCAAAGAAUGAUCAAGAGGAUAUAAUUGAUGUUCUACUGCAAGUACGAAAAGAGCGUGGAUUUAAAAUUGACCUCACUUCCGAUCACAUCAAAGCAGUGCUCAUGAAUGUAUUUGUUGCUGGCACAGACACCAGUGCAGCUACCGUGGUUUGGGCAAUGACCUACCUGAUGAAAAAUCCUAGAAUAAUGAAGAAAGUUCAAGAAGAAAUUAGGUCUGUAGUUGGAAACAAAGGUUUUGUCGAUGAAGAUGAUGUCCAGGAUCUGCCUUAUCUUAAGGCUGUAGUGAAAGAGACAAUGAGACUGCAACCAACAGUUCCUUUUUUGGUCCCAAGAGAAACAAUUGAAAAGUGCAUCAUAGAGGGGUAUGAAAUACCGGCUAAAACAUUCGUUCUUGUGAAUACAUGGGCUAUAGGAAGGGACCCUGAAGCUUGGGAGAACCCAGAAGAAUUUUAUCCUGAGAGGUUCAUACGGAGUUCUAUUGACUUUAAAGGGCAACACUUUGGGCUAAUACCAUUUGGUGCUGGUCGAAGAAUUUGUCCAGGUUUAUACAUGGGAAUUGCGACUGUGGACCUUGCACUUGUGAAUCUUCUAUACAAAUUUGAUUGGGAAAUGGUGGCUGGGAUGAAGAAGGAAGACUUAGAUUUUGAUGUUCUACCAGGUCUAGCCAUGCACAAGAAAAAUGCUCUCCGCCUCAUGGCUAAGUACUCUAAAUAAUAGCAGAUCGAUCGAUCAAUUAAGUGUUUUAAGGAUUCUACGCUGGACUCCAGUUCGAAGUUUAUAAUUGCACUUUUCUUGUUUGCUUCUCUGUGUAAUAGAAUGGGGCGGUGUUACUAAUAAGAAAGUUUUUUAAUAAUAUAUCCAGGUUUUUAAUG